GUAGUCGCCGUGGAGAAUGAGGUGCGGAGGUUAGGGCGGUGCGAUUACGGCAAACCUCCGGAACUGCUCGUCGAGUUAUGUUGGAGAUCCUAGAGAAACGCUUCGUUUGUGUGUAGUUUUUUUUUUUUUUUUUGGCUUUUGGCUCAAUGACAUUUUUAUCCUUUUGUCACUUAACUUCAGCAAGAAAGUCGCGUAUCGAUGUUAAUAUUCAGUUUGAAGAAUGCGCACAAAAAACGUCUUUUUGGAAUUGCGCUGCUCAUCCUGGGAAUUAUUAUAUACAGGUUCAACUGGAGGGGCAUACAACCCUCCACAAUGAAAUUCCGGAAAAUGGGGCUGAAGGCAAACACGGAGGACUUCCGGCUGGAGGGGCACAAAUUCCGAAUACUCGGAGGAUCGAUGCACUAUUUCCGUGUCCCUCGUGCUUACUGGAAAGACCGUAUGCUGAAGAUGAAAGCCUGCGGCCUCAACACCUUGACCACCUAUGUGGCAUGGAAUCUUCAUGAGCCUCAAAGGGGAGUUUACAACUUUAAAGACAACCUUGAUGUAGAAGCCUAUAUUAGGCUUGCUGGUGAACUUGGACUCUGGGUAAUUCUUCGACCUGGACCAUACAUUUGCUCUGAAUGGGAUCUUGGAGGUUUGCCCAGCUGGCUGCUUCGAGACCCUAAAAUGGAACUGAGGACAACUUACAAAGGGUUUACAGAUGCAGUGGAUACUUAUUUUGAUGUGCUGCUUGCAAAAAUGGUUCCCCUGCAGUACAUGAAAGGAGGGCCAAUUAUUGCUGUCCAAGUGGAGAACGAAUAUGGAUCUUAUGCUACUGACUCCAGUUACAUGCCCUACAUAAAGCAGGCUCUAUUGUCUCGAGGUAUUGGAGAGCUGCUGCUGACCUCUGAUAAUAUUGAUGGACUGAUGAAAGGAAAUGUGGAUGGAGUGUUGGCAACUGUCAAUCUUCAAAAGCUAAAACCCAUCCACAUCAGCUCUCUGGAAUCCCACCAGCCUCACAAACCAAAGAUGGUGAUGGAGUUCUGGACUGGAUGGUUUGAUGCUUGGGGUGACUUACAUCAUGUGUUUAAUGCAGAAGAGAUGGCAAAUGUUGUCAUGGAAAUCCUUAAGAAAGAAAUGUCCAUUAAUCUUUACAUGUUCCAUGGAGGUACCAACUUUGGCUUCAUGAGUGGUGCCAUACAGUCUGACAUGUACAUGGCUGACAUCACCAGUUAUGAUUAUGAUGCACCUUUAUCUGAAGGAGGGGAUUAUACAACAAAGUACACUCUUCUAAGGGAUAUCUUCAGUCGCUAUCAUGGGGAAAGUUUACCAGAUAUGCCUGGAUUAUACCCAAAGAUGAACUAUGAUAUUUCAACUGUAUAUCAAUAUAUCACCUUGUGGGAGGCUUUGAAGUUUACUGAAGAGCCUUUUCUUUCUGAGGACCCUAUCAAUAUGGAGAACCUCCCUUUCAAUAAUGGGAAUGGGCAGUCAUAUGGAUAUACACUGUAUGAGACUAUUGUGACCAGUGGAGGAACUCUGCAUCCAAAUGACAAGAUUCGAGACAGAGCACUGGUAUUUAUUGAUGAGCAGUUUAUUGGAAUUUUAAAACAUAACAGCGUUGAAAUGGUUGUUCCCGAUGGCAAAGGAAAGCGGAAGCUGAGAUUUGUUGUAGAAAACUGUGGCCGGGUAAAUUAUGGCAAAGAGCUGAACAACCAACGAAAAGGUAUUAUAGGAGACAUAUUGCUUAAUGGGACACCAUUAAAAGGCUUCACAAUUUACAGCUUGGAAAUGCAAAGCAGUUUCAUUGAAAGACUGAGAGGAGCCCAGUGGAAACAAAUCCCAGAGAAACCUGUAUUUCCAGGUUUUUUCCGAGGAAUACUAUACAUUGAUGGUUACCCCGGAGACACAUUUGUGAAGAUGCCGGGGUGGACUAAGGGAGUCCUGUUCAUCAAUGGACACAACCUUGGGAGGUACUGGUCAAUUGGACCCCAGCAAAGUCUCUAUUUGCCAGGGCCAUGGCUGCAACGUGGGAUCAACAAUGUAAUUGUCUUUGAGGAACAGGAAAUGGAGAAAAAAAUCAAUUUUGUGGAUUCACCUGAUCUGGGCAUGGCCAUUGAUGUGGACUAAAGUCAAGUCACAGCAAAAGAACAACUUUCCACCAUUGUGGAAUAUUUUAGACUGUUCUUGACCCUUUGACAUGGACCUGGAAGCACACAGAUUAAAUGUACAAAGAACAUUUUUUGUGAAUCUACCUGGAGUGCUUCUUCUGAAUACCUGAAUGAACAAUUCAAAUGACAACUGUGAUUUUUUUUCUUGUUUUAAGAACUUUAUCAAAAAAGGAACUCUGUUCAGGUUGGUAGCUGCUUUACAAUUUCUGAAAUUUUCAUAUACACUUCCAAGUUAAAACAUAAAGUGCUAAAUACGGGGGGAAAAAAAAAACUGAAAUGGGAACGCUGUUACCUAAUGUUAACACGAUAGUUUUGGUGUUUUGAUCUUUCCAUCCAUCUUCAUUGGUUUCUGAAUAAAAACAUGGGUAGUUUUUCUUUAUUUUCUUUUUAUUUGGUGUUUUGAUCUUUCCACCCAUCUUCAUUAGUUUCUAAAUAAAAACAUGGGUAGUUUUUUUUUUUUUUUUUAAUUGUUUCUAUUUAUUUGGACAUUUUGUGUGUUUGUAUAUAGCUGAAGCUUAAAGAAUUGCAGCAUUAAAGAUUUUUCUAUUUGAAGACUUU